CGCAGAUAUCCAUAGCGACAAUAACACCGGUCAAGAAUCCGACCGCCUCGCGUCAUGGCGUCUUCCCGUGACAACCGAAACAAUGUAACAGCGCCUGUAUGGCGGGAGAGUCGCGAGCAAACAUGCGUUUUUAAAACGGCAGCAUUUAUUUAAACUCAUUUACCCUUUGACGUCAUAAUUCCCGGAGAUAACGGCGGCGCGUCCUGCGGUUGUCAUGUAGCCGAGGCCGCGGCGCGUCGUAUCGCAUCGCGUUGCUGGGCGGGGAGGGGAGAAAUCAGACGGAUCUUUAAUAACAAAGCAUCGGGAAUAUUCAUGUGUUUUUAAAACUGGACUGUGGAUUUGACGCAGGGCUGAAGGAUGGAUGUAGGUGCUCUUGCAGGUGGGGAUGGAGGACCCAGACGAGUGGAUUCGGUGGAGGGAGGCCUUGAAAUUGUGCCACUGGAGAUGUAUGAUUCAGCCCGGGCUAAGAUAGAGGCAAACCUGCGCUGGCUCUUUGCCAAAGCUUAUGGUGAAGAGCACAUCCCCACAGACCUGAGGGAUCCCUUCUACACAGAUCAGUACUGCGUGGAACACAUAAAGCCUCCGGUCCUGAGUCUCCUGCAGUCCUCUGAGCUGUACUGCAGGGUCUGUGCUUUGCUUCUUAAGGGAGACCAGGUGUCAUCACUGACCUCCCAUCAGUCUGUCAUCCAGACGCUCGCACGCCGGGGAAUUUAUGUCAGAGAACCCGACGACACGCCCGUAUCCCACGAUGACCUCUCCUCCACUCCGAUUAAAAUGAGUUCUCAUAUUCCACUGAUCGAUGCGUUGAUGAUGGCUUACACAGUGGAGAUGAUGGCCAUGGAGAGAGUUGUGUCGAGCGUCAAGCGCUUUUCAACCUUCUGUGCAUCUAAAGAUCUUCCUUUCGACAUGGAGGACGCCAUGCUGUUCUGGAUCAACAAGGUCAUUUUGAAGACCAGAGAGCUUUCUGAGAAAGAACUCAAAAUGAAACAGCCGCUCAUUGAUUCGCCGUGCCAUCAGAAGUCUCCCUCAAAAUGGUACUGGAAGCUUUUGCCUGUACGGUAUCGUAGAGAUCACCUGUCUGGACGUCCUUUUCCUCACCUGGCUGCGAUGCAGGAUUUGAUGAAGGAUGUAUGUGAUGGGGCGGCACUGCUGACAGUCGUCCACUUCUACUGCCCUGAAUAUAUGAGACUAGACGACGUAUGCCUGAAAGAGGUUCCCUCGCUGUCAGACAGUGUUUAUAACAUCCAUCUGCUGAAGGAGUUCUCCAAUGAAUAUCUGAACAGAUGUUUCUAUCUGCACACUGAAGAUCUGAUCUACAGUCCACCUGUACUGAAGCAAAAUGUGAUGGUUUUUAUUGCUGAGCUGUUUUGGUGGUUUGAGGUCGUGAAGCCCGACUUUGUCAAACCAAGAGACCUUCAAGAGAUUAAAGAUGUAAGAGCAUCUCUUCAGCCAAAGAGUUCCCAUGCACAUGUGCCCAUAUCCAGUGCCACCAAACGCAGCUUCAUGACAACAUCCCCUUCAGCUGAUUCGCUGGCGACAGUCGUCACUCCUGAUGGUUAUACGAGGUACUAUUUGCAUCCUGAGGAGUCAUUAUCUGUAAUGAAAGGAAGCCCCGCCCACAGCCCCUCCCACCCACUCCUCCCACUGCGACAGAGACCACAGACUGCCAAUCGGGGUGAAGAGAAUUCAGAUCUGAGGAACAGGUCAAACUCUUUGUCACGUAUGGAUGGACUCAUGCUUGGAUCACAGCUGGCCUGGGUAGAAAGGAAGCAUAGACCCAUCUCACAGAUGGAUACGGAUUGGGAACGCUUAUAUGGCGAUGAUGUCAGCUUGGCUCGUUCCAUCAGUAAAGACAGUUUAGCAUCCAACGUCAUCUCCAUCACUCCACGACACCGCAUUAACGGCCAGCCCUUGCUCCAGACUCAUCACUAUGACAACCAAGAGGAAGAUGAGGAGCUAGCGGCUGUAAUUAACCCUGAGGGUGCGGCUGGAUCCAGAGAUGCCCGACCUCAGAGUUUCUUCUUAGAACCGUUACAGCCUGCGCUUUUACAGCCAAACAAAGAGAAAACGGGGAUAAGUAAACGGGAAGAGAGCGGUGAAGGGCGGGGUCACAGGAAGUCGUACACGCCCACAGAAUGCAUGCCGAACCGAACAUUUAUGCCAAUAAACAGCAUAGAGCAAGAAGACACGUGUACGCAGUCCCCCGGGCGUUCUGGAGGUUUCUUUUUGCACGAUGAUACCGAGUGUGUGAGGGGUAGCCCAGCGGGAGGCUGGGAGGACAUCACUUCCGACUCCGAAUUCGAGGAAGAAGCAGUGGAGGACCAGGAACUUGCCAAAGCACUGCUGAUGCAUGCUGGGAGGAAGUGCAUGGGAAGGGGAGACGUGGAAGAGGAAUCUGCAAAGCUUCAAGAGGACGUUUGCUUGCGAGAGCGGGAAGAUAAGGAGGGCGAGAGUGAGCGUGCUAGUCCUUGCCCCAGCACGAUAUCUCAGGCCAGCAGCACGUCGACGUGCACUGGACGCAUGACGAGCUUUGCUGAACGUCGCAGACACAAAGUCGGACUGCCUGAUGGUUGCUAUAGCACCGCCAGCUCUCAAACAACCACUCCUGAUGGGUCAGAAAGCUCCCAGUUUCCCUCCGACAUGAGCCCGAGCACACCUGUGGCCGCUGCUCGACCCGGCCUCGCUUCUGAACUUGUCCACCUGCGCAUGCAAUUGGAGGAAAAACGGCGUGCCAUCGAAACGCAAAAAAAGAAGAUUGAAACUCUGUCGGCACGUCAACGCUUGCAGUUAGGUAAAGCGGCAUUCCUGCAGGUUGUUAAAAAGGGGAGGAGCGACACAUUGCCACACCCACUAAAACAGGAAAUCACGCCUAAAGAGAAAGCACUUGCGAAGGAUGAUGCAUGUGUGGAGGCUUUAAAGGCGAGGGAGCAGUGUCAAGAUAAAGACGUUCCUGUAACCCCAUCAUUAGUGCAUAAGGACAAUCGCUUGAGUGUCCCAAGGGGCGAUGUUUUGGACGAUGAAGGGGGAGAGCCCGAUCUUAGCGAAUGUAGCCGCUCUAUUGAGCUCCUGAACGACGCGAUUGGAGCAAUCCAGCAACAAAUGAUGCAAUUGUCUGUCCAGCAGGAUUUGCUCAUAAAACAGACUGUUCAGUCUCCACAAGAGCCCACACAAACUCAAGCAACCAAAGCAAACACUGUGUCGCAUUUAAGCGAGCAUGUACCCGAGCAGCAGCAUGACGGUAGGUCCCGACUCUCCGUGCAUUUCACAGAGACCAUUUCCACCGCAACCAAGCGUCCUCCAAGACUUAGCUCGAGUCGCACACCUCGGACGAAACCUAGCGAACUCAAACUGAGCAAGGACAUUCGUCCUGCAUCCAAAACAAGCACUCCGACCACCAGCGGUGACCCCAGGCCCUCGCCGGGCGGCAGGACCCCCCGGGCCGAGAAUGAGGAGGAGGUUGGAAUUAAAAGCUCCAAGGGAAUUACACGAAAUAUCACGUUCAGACCGCAUGACCGACAUGCCGACAGUCUCGACUCGUCCCAAACGAAUAUCCCAGUGGUGGAACCAUCACCUGUCGUUCUGAUCCAGGAGAGGAGCGAGUCUGGUGGCUCUGGAAAAGAGAACGUUCCCGUUCUGUCUGAGGAAAACAAAACAAAAGCACAGUUGAUUGAGGUGGACCUCUCUGAACUGGCUGAUCCAUCAGAAACCGGCCCAGAACCGGAUGGUGAACAGAAGUCCGGACUGGGUUUCUUUUUUAAGGAUGAUCAGAAAGCAGAAGACUUUUUGGCUAAGAAGAGGGCAGCGUUUCUUCUCAAACAGCAGCGCAAGGCAGAGGAGGCUCGAAAACGCAAAGAGCAGCUGGAGGUGGAGUCAGAACUCAAACGGGAUGAAGCCAGACGUAAAGCUGAGGAGGAUCGUGUUCGUAAAGAGGAAGAAAAGGCUCGCCGGGAGCUGAUCAAACAGGAGUAUCUGCGCAGGAAACAACAAGAGCUACUAGAGGAACAGGGCGUGGCCAAACCACACCCACGACCCAGGAGGCUACGCCCCAAAUCACUACACAGAGCCGAAUCUUCCUGUUCUGCUCCGGUUAGUCUGUGUUCUGCUCCGUCUGGAUCUUCUCUCUCAUUGGCUUCUGCUGCUACUGAAGGUGACAGCGUGGCGUCAGGAGGAGCCAGUUCAAACAGGGGGGAAUCAGUGGAAUCUUUUCCCAUGUUAAGUCGGAAUGCGAGCCGGAACAUGGAGCGGGAUUGGGACAAUGGAUCAACAGCUUCAUCCAUCACUUCUGUAGCAGAAUACAAUGGGCCCAGAUUAUUUAAGGAGCCGAGUGCAAAGUCUAACAAACCAAUUAUCCAGAACGCCAUCGCUCACUGCUGUCUCGCAGGAAAAGUCAACGAAUCCCAGAAAAACUCAAUUUUGGAGGAGAUCGAACGCUGCGAGUGCAACCACCUGAUCAUUCUUUUCCGAGACGGCGGAUGUCAAUUCAGAGCUCUGUACACGUAUUCACCUGAAACAGAGGAGAUCCUUAAACUCAAAGGUACCGGACCGCGAUCCAUAAGCCGGAAGAUGAUCGACAGACUAUACAAAUACAGCUCGGACCGCAAGCAGUUCACCGUCAUCCCCGCCAAGUCCAUCUCGGCCAGCGUAGACGCGCUGACCAUCCACGGUGUCCUGUGGCAGGCCAAACGGCCGAGCACCUUCAAGAGAAAAUGAUAACCGCUUUCUAUUGGCCCAUUGGAUUCCUCUAGUGCUUUCUGAUUGGCUACUACACUUUAACUAAUUGAAUUUUGCUGACGAGCAGGCCUCCUAAUCUCCUAUUGGUCUAUGAUCUUCUUCAUUGCUUCCCCAUUGGUUUGCUCCUGUCGGUCACUGAUCUGUGACACAGGAGUUCAGGAUGGGUGGAGCUUCUCUUUGAUUGACAGAGUUAACAGAUGUGUUUUAGAAGGAUUUCAUUUUCAGUGUUUUUAGGCAGAAAUCUGCAUGUGGCACUUUUCUGUUUGGAGGACAAUUGAUUUUACCGUAGUAUUAAUUUAGACGGGUACGAAAGACAGCCCUCGCACUACUUGAAUUAUGUACACACAUGGGAUCAUUGCUAUGGUUACGCAGGUGCGUAUGAAUGUGUGUAUUGAUGCAUCCUGUGUUUUUGGGUUUCUCAUACCUUUCCAUAUGCUGCUUCUUAUAAGUGAUGCAAUGUAUGUACAACAUGAAAAGGUGUGUGUGUGUGCGUGCGUGCGUGCACGUGUGUGUGUGUGUGUGCGUGCGUGUGUAGACGUUGAGCUUUUCAGUGUCAUGGUUUCAUAAUCUUCUCAUGAUGGUUCUGUAUUAUCUGUCUUUUUCUUUGCACUCUCAUGUGUUUUCACACUGGUUACUGACAGUAUUAAUGUACUUUUGUAAUUCUUCACUAAGGAACCAGAUUGUCAUAAACACAUUGCCACUGAAUGCGUGCGUGUGAUUGGUAAAGAAUGUGUGAGACUUCUGUGAACAGGGGUUCUGUUACAUUUGUUUGGAUUGUACAAAUCUUUGCUUUAUCUUUAUAAUAAUUAUUAUUAUUAUUUACCAUAUAUUUAUUUUACAGAACACUGAACUUUAAUAAAUUAUACAACUAAAGUGAUGUCUUCGUUGUGUGGAUAUUUUUAGCAAUCUAACAUAUGUAAAUGCAUUUAAAAAUGACUUAUUUCUUUAAAGAGCACAUAUUAUGCAAAAUCCACUUUAACAAGGUGUUUGGACAUAAAUCUUUUUUGAUCCCACCAAAUAGGGUGAUUUUGGACAUGAUAGCAAAGGAUCUGUGGGGUUUUUUGAGCUGAAACGUCACAGACACAUUAACACUUUACUUAAAUUUGUGUUCAUAAGACUGACAUGACAUCUGUUAUGAACAUGAAGGAGAUUUUUAUGCACAAAUAUGACAACUGUCAUUAAGUGUCAUUCGUUCAAUUAUGUAAUUUUUAAUGUAAAGAUAACAUUGUUUGAGAUGUCUUUGUUAUGACAACUUGAUAUUACUAAGACAAAAUAACACAUGACAUAGCAAAUUAAUUAUCAAACUUAAACUAUAUCUUUAUGGGUUAACAUUAAACUGUCAUGUGGUUGGUUUUGACAUUGCCUGUCAUAAGGCCAUUAUAAUUGUGUCAUGAAUAUUUUUCUGACCACUUUUUACCAGCACCUAAACAUGGAAAAAGUCAGAUUUUCAUGAUAUGUCCUCUUUAAGAGUUUAUACUCUGUCAAAUAGUUUUAUAAUAGCUUCAUGAAUAUUCUUCAGUUCAUAAUGUUUUUUCUAAAGUUUCCUCCAGGUGUUAGAAAAAUAAAAUCAAUCAUCCAAUAAUAAUAAUAAUUCAAAUUAAUAAAAUUAUAUUUUAAUGCAUUUGGGGACAGAUUCACCUAAAAUGAAAUGAAUACAGUACAGUGGUGGGUUAAGCCAUGCAGCAUUUGGUCCAUAUCACUGCAAAAACAAUUAAUUACAUUAAAUUAAUAAAAACAUUUUUUGUUUGUUUUUUCUUUUAUGUCUGAAAAUAUCAGAACCCUCUGUGUGAGGAAAAACAAGCUCUUCUGUUAGUUGUCAGUUUUUUAUGUAUUG